AUGCCACCGAGACAGGCACAUCGUGGUGGACAUUAUCUACCGAUACCUAUUUCAUCAUCUUCAGACUCCUCGCCGCCAUCUACUCCGGCACCACUUCCGACUCCUAGCUUUGAGGCUACACCUUCAGGCUCUAGCUUUGAGACUGACCCGUCUGAAGGGUCAUAUGAUCAGACACCGGAGCACAUUCCUUUGUCUCCAGACCCAUACUUUAUGGACAUCGAGGUGGAUGUGGUACACGAUAAUCCAGUGCAUGGAGAUCAUCCCGCAGCUCCUGCCGCUGAUAUUCCACCAGCUCCUGCCGCUCAUAUUCCACCGGCCCCUGCCGCACCUAUUCCGGCAGCACAACCUCAACCAGCGCCAACCGAUCCAGCUAUGAUAGCACUUCUGGAACUGAUGGCUGAGAUGGUGAAUUUGCAAUAUCAAGCACUGAAUGCACAGCGAGAAGCACAGCGUGCUCAGCCAGCUCCAGUACCUACCACUUCUCACCCGGACUUCCUGAAGAUAGUCAUGAUUAUGAAGAACUUGGGGACGAAGCAUUACCAGGGAGACACUGAUCCCUUUGAAGCUGAUGCAUGGCUUCACAAUCUCGAGCAGAACUUUGCUGCAACCCGUUGUCCGGAAGAAUUUAAAAAAGACGUGGCUGUUUACUAUCUAGAGAAGGACGCCAUCAGUUGGUGGUCAUGCGUAGAGAGGAACUUUGGAGACUUCAAUCUGAGUUGGGCUGACUUCCGUACAGCAUUCGUUCGAAAGUACUUCCCACCGGAAGCCCGUGAUCGAUUGGAGAUUAAAUUCAUGGAGCUAGUUCAGGGAGGAUUAUCUGUUAGGAAGUAUGAGGCAGAGUUCACCCGUCUCAGGAAGUAUGUCCACUAUGGUCGAGAGGACGAGAUGAUGAUUAUCCGUAAGUUCCUUCGAGGACUUAACCCAUAUAUCAGGAGCAGACUUGAGGCAGUAGAGUUUCAUAGGCUUGCUGAUCUUGUUGAGCGGGCUGUAAACGUUGAGGAGGCCAUUGCUGCUGAGAGAGCUUCUUCUAGCAAUGCCACACAACCUAGACGUCCAUCUGUUCCAUUCCAGCCUCAGCCGCAUUCUGCUGUGCAGCGAGGACGGGGAGGUAGAGCUUUUCGGGGAGGUCGAUCUGGAGGUCCUAGACCUAGAACCCCAACUUGUUUCACUUGUGGCCAGCUGGGCCAUGUUAGGAGAGAUUGUCCGACCGUGGGACAGUUCCAACCGGCUGUACCAUCUCACAUCACUUGUUUCACGUGUGGAGAGCGAGGACAUUACGCGACAUCAUGUCCACGCACUCAUCUUGCUCAGCCUGUUGUUUCGAGUGCUCGACCCGCCAGACCAGUUAACCCACCUUUACCCUUACCUCCUGCUAAGCGUCAAGCCACUGCUGGUAGGGCUUACGCUUUAGAGUUACCAGGACCAUCCGGACCACCUCAGGGUCCAAUUUCAGGGACUUUGCUUGUGGGUGGAAUAUCCGCCCACAUCCUUUUCGAUUCAGGAGCAACACAUAGUUUUGUAGCUCUCGAAGUAGCAUCCCGAUUCGAUGGAGAAUUUACUAAGGUGAAUUUAUCCAUUCCUGUUCUAACUCCCGGAGAUCAAGUUCUUGAAACUGAAGGCUGUAUUCUAAGAGUUCCAAUCAUUAUCCAAGAUAUGAUUUUUCCGGCUGAUUUGUUAGUUCUCCCCUUAGAGAGGUAUGAGGUAAUCUUAGGGAUGGAUUGGCUGUCAAGUUACCGAGCUCACCUUGAUUGUGGUCGAGGGAAGAUUGUUUUUGAGAGAGAUACCCAACCCCCUUUAGCUUACCAUGGCAUAGUACCCAGUGUUGGAGCGUCAUUAGUGUCAGCAUUGAGAAUUGAAAGCCUUUUGGAGAAGGGUGAAGAAGUAUACUUAGUGGCCUUAGUUGCUGGACCAGUAGAAGACGAGAAAGAGCAGAACAUGGAAGAAAUACCAGUAGUUAGAGAAUAUGAGGAUGUGUUUAAGGCAUUAGAGGGAUUGCCGCCAUCGAGGAGUAACCUCUUUAGUAUAACCUUAGAACCCGGAUCAGCUGCACUAGCAAAGGCACCAUACCGAAUGGCACCAGCAGAACUCGCUGAGUUGAAGCAGCAGUUAGCUGAUUUGUUAGACAAAGGUUUCAUACGUCCUAGUUCAUCACCAUGGGGAGCACCCGUGCUAUUUGUAAAGAAGAAAGACGGAAGCAUGCGGUUAUGUAUUGAUUAUCGUGGAAUCAAUAACGUAACCAUAAAAGACAAGUACCCACUCCCAAGAAUUGAUGAGCUGUUAGACCAGUUACAAGGCGCAAGCUGGUUUUCGAAGAUUGAUUUAGCUUCGGGUUAUCAUCAGAUUCCGAUUUCCGAAGCCGAUAUCAUGAAGACCGCCUUUAGAACCCGCUAUGGACACUUUGAAGAAGUUGGCUUCUUAGGACAUCGAGUGUCAGAAGAAGGAGUUGCCGUCGAUCCAGAAAAGAUAGCUGCUAUUAAGGAAUGGCCGCACCCGACUUCUGUUACCGAGAUUCGAAGUUUUCUCGGAUUGGCCGGCUAUUACAGAAAGUUUUUCCAAGGAUUUGCAAGCAUAUCAAAGCCUUUGACUCGUCUUACCGGUAAAGGGAUUGCUUAUGAAUGGAGUAUAGAAACCGAGAAAGCAUUCGAAAAGUUAAAAGAAGCUUUGACGACUGCACCUAUCUUAGCAUUGCCUAAGCCUAACCAACCAUACACCGUGUAUAGGGAUGCAUCUCAUGUUGGUUUAGGUUGUGUGCUGAUGCAGGAAGAUAAGGUAAUCGCCUAUGCAUCUAGGCAACUAAGAAAGCAUGAAGUGAAUUAUCCGACACAUGACCUAGAGAUGGCUGCAGUAGUAUUUGCCCUUCGGAUUUGGCGAUCGUACUUGUAUGGUGAGAAGAUCCAAGUGUUCACUGACCAUAAAAGCCUUAAGUAUCUUUUCACUCAACUUGAUCUGAACCUAAGGCAAAGACGAUGGAUGGAGUUCAUAGCUGAUUAUGACAUGCAGAUCCUAUAUCAUCCAGGAAAAGCCAACGUUGUUGCAGAUGCGUUGAGCAGAAGGAAAGUUGAUGUAGAUAUUGAAAAAGAACUUCAAAACCUGGAAGCGGAACUCAAGAUGAUUAGGUUGGCUGCCUUAGAAGGAGAGGAAAGAGAACCUCUAGGACUACAAGCAGUAAGCUAA